UUAAGAUAACAAAUGUCAGGCAGCAACAAGAAUCAGCACUCUGUUGAUGAUGAUGCCUGUGCAUCAGAGUCGACUAAUGAGAAAGUUUCAGGAGAAAAUGGGAGUGAAAGUAACUUGCGAAAAAUAUUAAAUGAAACAGUAGAAAUGUGCUUUGAGCAAGAAGCAGCAAAUGGUGCUGGAAUAGGGGCAGGUUCCCCAGCUUCCAAUUCCCUAAAUAAUGACUCGGACGUUGAAGAAGAAAACAAAGACUUAGCGAAUGAGAAGGGGGCCUACGAAGAAACAGUUCAGUGCACUAAUGCUAGAGCGGGCGAAAUUGCGUUGGACCAUCCUAUGGCACCAAUAAAACACACAGCUCAGAAACAAGCCUACAUAGCAGAUGAAGAAAGACCUAUAAUUGACGUGUCUAAUCAGUUCCUGAUAAAUUCUUCGAACAGUUUAGAGGCCUGCCACAGUAAAAAUUCAAAUAACGCAGAAGACCUAGUUAACAGCGCUGAAGAUUUAGCAAUCGAAUGCGUACUCGAGGACAGUUCCAUAGACGCAGCUGUGGUAGAAGGAAUGAAGAUAAAUGAAACUUUUGCAGCAAGUUCCAGCUGGUCAAAACAGCGCACCAAUUUCAUUGAAGACAUACACCGCGAGUUUAUGGCACCAACGGCUUCAACACUUGAACGAGAGAUUUUAUUGAGAAUUGAGAUUGGCGACAAACGAGCCAAAAUCCUGCAAUUGCCUAGUCAAACUAUGCCAGCUAGUCCAAGUCAUUAUGAAAAGGAAAUUGUAGGCGACGAUGCCGCGAAAACCGCAGUAGAUAUUCUUUGCGAAUGUGGCCAACCGAGUAUGACUGGAGAAGCUGUUCCGGUCGUCACUUCUUUUAAUCUAGCAACAGAUGCUAAAACGGAGAAGAACGAUCUUAAUAAAUCCACGCCAGAACUGCAGUCAAAUAACCCGAAAAUUAAUCUAGGAAGACGCAAGGCUCGUCCUAGUUUAAUACCAAAACUGUCCAGUGCUUUUCGAAGUGAAAAAUUACACUAUCUAAAUAAAACUCAAAGAAAUAACUCUUUGAUAUCCGCGUCACAUGAUGAGACUGAAGCGGGCAAUAAAAAUCAGCUUCGAAACAUUUGUUUCCACCCAGAGGAACGAGUAAAACAAGUAACUCUGCCCAAAAUCAAUAAAGAUGAACAAGAGCAGCAGGACGAACAGUGUUCAUUAAAUGUGCACAAUGAGCUCGCAAAUAAACAGACACAUUAUAGAAAACUAUCCAGAGAGUUUUCCAAAUAUAUUUCAAGAUUGGCCGAAGAGGUAUCGAACUUGUCUGAAAUGAUUGACCCGAACAUUCAACUGGCUGCAGUUGAUGAUUUAUAUCAGCGUAUUAUAGUUUUGAAAAAAAUCGGCGAUGAAUUGAAAGCUUUUAAUAACAGAGUCGAAACAGAGCCUGUAACUCCCAAGAAGAAAGAGGCUUCAAAGAGCCUCGAAUCGAACAGUAAAAACAAAGAGAACAACCGCAUACACAUAAAAUUUUUACAAACCAAAAGUGCAGUUAAGAACAAGAAAUUUAACAACAGUUUACAAACUGAACCAGAUACAGCUGUUGAAAAAUCGCCAGAGCAACAAGUACAGAAAAUGCAAAUAAAUACCGAUGUUGAAGCAAAAGAAGUAGAUUCAAUGGACGGAAUGUUCAUUCCUUCAUUUGAUGAACCACCUAAAGUUGAAGACGAUGAAGACGAAGACGGAUUGGAUAUCACCAUAACUUUUCCGGAAUUGCAAAAAGCUUUCAAUGAAAAUGAAUCGCAUUUAUCGGCGUGUUUCUCCAGCAUAUCAGCCGAAGCUUUAGGGCACUUGAAGCGAUGCCCCAAAGAGUUUACUUGGCGCAUGGAUUUUAUCCAAGGAGAAAUGUUCUUUCAGUCUGGAAAAUCCCCGGCAAACAACUACGCCAUUGGUCCAGAUUUGAAAAUUACUGAAUGUGCUCUCGAUGGUAAACAAUCGGAUAUAAUCAGUAUAAAAUCACCAACUGAAUGCGUAUACGCAUCUCAGAUUAUUCCUGUGGGAGGUGCAAUACAAAAGGAGUCGCUCAAAAUAUUGAAAUCUACCGAUUCCGAACUAUUCAAAGUAGUCGGAUUGUCUGAUGUGUCUAAAAGAGGAAGUUCAGCGGCAACUAAAUCAUGCAUAACUUUCAGAAAUCGUAAGCGAUUCUCGAGUGAAUCGUCUUUUGCUGGUCGAGCGUUGUGUAAAAGCAUGCCACAAAUUCCGAGUUUAAUUAGAAUUUUGGAAGAACCUGAUUUGGAAUCAGUAGUAAGCGGCAUCAGAACAGCCAUAAUCAAUACGGAACAGAAACCACGGGAUCGCAUUCUGCAAAAGAAAAGGAACAAUUCCAGCCAGAAUAUUGUAUGACGUACCCUAAAAAUUGCCCCAGAUUAAUUGAAUUAAUAACUAUGUUUUCAUUAAUACAAUUGAAUUUAUAAACCACAGACAAAAAAGUUAGUUUUCAUAUUGAAUGAUAGUUGAAAUAUAGUAAUUUAGGCCUGGGUAUGUCAAUGAAUUUUUAAGAGUUGGCGCAGUACCAAGCGGAAUGGAUUGGGGUGCCAACUCAACGCACCGGCGCAGUAGCGCACCGGUGUAGUCACCUACUUGGUAUAAAAUGUUACUUGUAAAAAAUGUCGUCUUUUUUUACGUGUUAAAAAUGACAUAUUGCUAAACUGGAAAAAAGUUAGCCGUACAAAAUGUGGUGAUUUGUUAUGGCCUCGUACAGCUUUAACCCUGGGUUGGUUGAAAUGCUGAGUUAUAACUCAUUAACUCAUAAAGCGAUUCGACAUUCGACACACAGGCCCUCGCAGAAUAAUAGAUAUUCCUUUUACUAACAACUUUUUUUAGUGGUGUUUCUUGCGCAAAUGCGGUAUUAUAGUGUUAUGAAAAAGUAGGGAAAAUUAAUUAGUGAUAACUAAUAUUUCCACAAGAAACACCACUAAGGAAAGCGGUUACCAUAUAUUUUUAACAUCGUACGCAGGGGCCCGAAUUUUCAAAAAAUUGCCUAAUUUUUUGAAUAGUAUUUUACAAUUUUCAAAAUUUUUUACUUAAAAUUUAAUUGUUUGAUUUAAAAAAUGCAUCUAUUGGAUCGAAUCUUAUUUAAACUCACCCAAGGCUAUUUCUAUGUAAUUUUUUGUCCUGCGAUCACUCUGUAUCUUCUAAAACCAGCAAAAAAACAGGUAACUCUUCAUAAUUGGCAAGAAAGCAAACUGUAAUGUUCGAUUGUCGAUCAUCAGUUCCCGCUGCAGACAAAUAGGUGGCGACCAAGCCACUAAAGCCAUUUACUCGAACAAAACAAUGUUGUUUAUAAUUGAUAUACUUGUUUAAUUCAACAUUGCUUGUUACUGCUGAAAUAGCUUUUCUUCAGAUAAUUCAAUAAAGUAUUCAACAUUU